AAAACAAUUCCCCAUGCCAAAAAUGGAAGAGCCAUGUACAACCGAGGUACGUACUCUCUGCCGCGCAACAGUAAACAAUGACCAACUUAGUUAUGAUGACGGAUUUUGAAAGUCUGUGUGAACAAGUAAAAUUGGCAGACAUGCCGUAUAGAAAACACCGAUUAAUUGUUGGCUAUAAAGGUUAUUUCCAUGCGAGUGAGACUGGUAAGCUGAUCAGCCUUAUUGAUGACUGCACUACAAAAGCAUUGUGUCUGAAUCACAUUGUGAGGGUAAGAUUACACUACUAUACUGUAUGGUAUAUGGCAAUCCCUGUAACACUAAUCCAGAGAAUGCCAGCUUGCACAUGCAGUGAAGCCGUAGCAGUAAUCAAAGCAUUUAAAAUGAUUAGAGACCGUGUAGAUGCAUUGCAAACAAUUUCAAAGUUAGUAUAAAUUUACUAAAUUUAG